AUGAAGUUCUUACCCUCCCUCAUCCUCCUCAGUCUUUCUGCCCAGGCUCUUGCAAGCCCUUACGUCAAUCACCACGCUGCCAAGGACCAGCGUGAUGUUGGCGUUUACGAGGAGGUCAUCGUGGAUAUUAGACUGGCUGUGGACAAGUUCAAUAAGGAUAUUUUUCUUGCUAUCCCAGACAUUCACGAUGACUUUGAUAUUAUUAUCGCUGCUAUUCAGCGAGGGAUGGGGAGACUUGGACCUGAGCCUCCCCUUAUCCCCUUUCAGGCCCGUAUCCUUAUUAUCCCUAGUCUGCCACUAAAGACACAGAUUAAAGAGGCUCUCCGCAACGUUAUCCGUAAGAGGGCAAUUAUGGAUACUUCUGGUCUUAAACCUCAGGUUGCGCAGGAUCUUCGGAGACUGAAGGCUGCUGCUCAACAAUUAAGUAGUUUGGUUCUCACGAAGGUUCCUGCAGGAUUCUUGGUACUAGCUCAACGGUCCUCCCUUGAGAUCAUGCACGACAUCGACGACGCUAUUUAUGCCUAUAGUUAA